AUGGAGCCUUCCGGAGGUGACGAGAGAAAUGUGGAAAACAAUGGGCAGAGAAAGUUCAGUCCAGGAACUCGUGAGUCCUUCACGAAUCAACCUUUCGUUGAAGAAGUAUCUGAUGAUGGUGCAGAUUCGUCGGAGGAGGAGAGUGAUGGUGAUGUUGUUCUCAUUAGCGAGGAGGAGGAGGAGGAAAAUGGUCCUAAUGUUGUUAGGGAGGAGGAGGAGGAGGAGGAUGAGGAGAAGAAGGAGGAUGAGGAGGAGAGUGAUCCUGAUGUUAUCAUUAGGGAGGAAAAGGAGGAGGAGAGUGAUCAUGAUGUUGUUAUCAUUAAGGAGGAGGAGGAGGACGAGGAGAGUGAUCCUGAUGUUGUUAUCAUUAGGGAGAAUGAGGAGGAGGAUGAGAGUGAUCCUAAUGUUGUUAUCAUUAGGGAGGAGGAGGAGGAGGAGAGUGAUCCUGAUGUUGUUAUCAUUAGGGAGGAGGAAGAGGAGGAGGAGAGUGAUCCUGAUGAGGAGGAGAGUGAUCCUGAUGUUGUUGUCAUUAGGGAGAAGCCUGCUCCGAUGUUGAAUGUAACAUAUGAGGUUGUUCCUUCUACUUCAAGCAUGUUUAGGGCGGCAAUCGAAUCCAAAGAGUUUACUGAUACAACCUCAUGUUCCGAGUCAGAAUUCAGAUCUUCAACUGAUGCUCUUCGAAAGAAUCGAAAGAAGAUUCUUGAAGAGUCUGAGUUUCUGAAGUUUAUUGUUAAAUCAAUAAAAAAUGUCAAUGAUCAUAAUAAAGUCACUCCUCCUGAAAAGAAGGAACAUGUUUUUGUCAAAGAAACACUUCCUUUAAUACUCGGAUUUGAAGACCAGGAACCUCUUCCUCUGGAGAAAGAAGAAUGGGAAAAGGAGAUUGACAAUCUUUUUGUUGAAAUGAACAUGUGUAUCGAAGAAUUACAUAUUGGCUUUACAAAUCCAUCUGUUUCGCCGAUGCAGAGUGGACAACUAAGUGAUUGUCAGAUGGAGAACCACCAUCUUGUUCUAGAUGAACAAAUUGGACUCAUCUGUUCAGUUUGUCCAUAUGUCCAUUUGGAGAGCAAGUACAUCUGCCCUCCUUUUGCUCAGAGAACUCGAGGGAGGUACGAAAGAAAAUAUUUUGAAGAGUCGCCAUCACUCUUGGAUGUUCAUGGCUUCAGAGUUUCUGAUUUUUAUGGAGAAGGAACCGUGUGGGAUUUAGUUCACCAAAUUGCCAAAGCGACAAUGUAUUUUCAUCAAUGUGAAGGAUUUGAGUUCAUGUGGAACAACAUUGCUGGAGAUAUAACUCUUGAGAGGCUGAGAGAGCCCCUAUUUGUGAGUAAGGGAGGAUGCAUUAUCUCACACCCACCAGGCACCGGAAAAACCCGACUCACCAUAGUGUUUCUUCAGUCAUUUCUGAAGUUGUUCCCACAGUGUCGGCCUGUAAUCAUAGCUCCAUCCAAUUUGCUUCUUAAAUGGGAAGCCGAGUUCCAGAAAUGGGCGGUGGACAUUCCCUUCCACAACUUGAACAACAAGGACUUCUCUUUAAAGGAAGAUGAAGGUACUGUUGGUGUCUUUAACUGUUUAUCCCAUGCUGUGAAAAAAAAUCCACACCUUAAACGCAUGGUGAAGCUGCAAUCUUGGGCGAAAAGUCAGAGUGUUUUGGGAAUCAGUUAUGACUUGUUCAGAAUUCUCACAGGAGAAGAUGGAGAGGGUUAUGCCAAAGAGACUAGAGAAAUACUUCUAAAAUCUCCUGGUCUUCUGGUCCUUGAAGAAGGGCUGAAUGGUUGGAAUGAGCAGAGUCUUGUGUGGAAAGCUUUGAGAAAGGUUGAAACAGAGAAGCGCAUACUUUUGUCUGGAACUCCAUUCAAGAAUAACAUCAAAGACCUGUACAACACUCUCUGUGUAGUUAGUCCAAAGUUUGCUGCUGAUUUUAAGCAGAAAUGGACUUCUCUUAGCAGUUCCAUUGACAAGAAUGCUCGAGCGUUGGAAGAGAUUAGGGAUAUUAUUUCACCUCUUGUCCAUGAAUUCACCUUGUGUGGUAUCUAA